GUCCACUUGCAUUGGCUUUUGCUGAAUCGAACUUACUGAAGUUUCGCUAAUCAUCCCGUUGGUUUUUUCUUCAGAGCUUAACUGAAAUGCAGAAGAUUUGUUAAUACUACAAUAAUACUGUUAUGCUGUGCCGAAAAUGACCUAGCUUGGUGUUCUGUGGUAGUUCCAUUUCAUCCGGGUUUUAGGUUUUCUUAAUAACUGUUGUAUAAAAAUGAGCGAAAAUGAGUUAUCGGCUGUAGAAGCCGAGCUCUACGAUAGACAAAUACGUUUAUGGGGCAUCGAAUCUCAAGAAAGACUCCGAGCCGCUAACGUUUUGCUAAUUGGCGUAAGAGGACUAGGAUCGGAAAUAGCAAAAAAUAUAUUGUUGACUGGUGUAAAUUCAUUGGUCAUUCUCGAUGAUGGUAUUGUUACCGAAGAAGAACAGAACAAGAACUUUCUUUUGAAUAGAGGCAGUGAGGGCAAGAAAAUUGCGGAAGAGGUGCUUAUAAAAGCUCAAGCCUUAAAUCCAUUAGUGAAAUUGUCGGCCGAUACUUCUGCACCAGCAGAAAAAGAAGCAUUCUUCUUUGAAAGUUUCACCAUUAUUGUAGCAACAGGCAUUAAAACAGAUCUCCUUUUCAAAAUAGAUAGAAUAUGCCGUGCCAACAAAAUAAAACUCAUUGCUGGGGAUGUUUUUGGUUCAUUUGGGUAUUCUGUGAAUGACUUUCAAGAUCAUCAUUACAUUGCAGAUCAGCCUAAACUGUUAGGCAAAAAACGUGGUCAUGAUAGUAAAGAAACAAAAGCAGAAAGAGAAAUUUUAAAAGUAAAAGGAGAGAUUAAGUAUCCAGAACUGUAUAAAGUUAUCAUCUUGCCCAACAAAAAGCAAAAUGCAGACUGUAUUAAGAAAUCAAAAAGGAGGAAUGAAUAUUUGUUUCUUAUGUUGAUUCUCCUUGAAUUUCGCAACAGACAGAAUAGAGAUCCCCGAGUAUCCAAUCUUGACAAGGAUUUAAAACUGCUUCAGGAAAUUAAAAUCGAAGUACUUGAUUUAUACCAGGCGGACCAUUUAAAGUUGAGCGAUCAAGUUUUUGAAUUAGUAUUUGGGGAAGUUGUACCAGUGUGUGCUGUACUAGGAGGUAUCAUUGCGCAGGAAGUUAUUAAGGCUGUAUCACAGAGAGAAAUACCAGUCAAUAAUGUAUUUUUAUUUGAUCCUGUAACUUACUGUGGCAAAGAAGAAACUGUAGCCUAACAUGAGCCCCUUAAGUAAAACAUUGUAUUUAUUUUUUCUACCGCAUUAAAGUAUCCUAAUUUCAAUUUUUUUUUUAGACAAAAAUGUUCUAAUUGUAUUUCUCAUUAAUACAUUUUUCAACAUAUUUA